AAAUCUAAAAAUUAUAUUAUAGUCUAAAUCCUGAAACCUAAAUCACAACUCUUAAAUCCUAAUAAAAAAAAUAAAAUAUUUGGAGUGUUUUCCCAAGAUUCUAAUCAAAGUUUAAACUCUCAGUUUCAGUCCUGCAACAUCGCUAGUUACGCCCAGAUCUGAACCUAACUAACGUCUUCUUCACUCUGACGCCGAAACCACUUUUCUUACCCUGUAAUCAAGUAAAUAAUUAGAACAAAUAGCAUAUGUGUUGAAGCUGAAGAGGAGGUUGUUGAGCUCAAGAUCUGAGCUUUUGGAGAUGGAGAGCUCGGAGGAGAAGGUCGUCGCUGUUAUCAUGGUGGGUGGUCCAACCAAAGGGACGCGAUUUCGGCCUCUUUCUUUCAAUACUCCAGAACCCCUGUUUCCAUUGGCUGGGCAGCCUAUGGUUCACCAUCCCAUCUCUGCUUGUACAAGAAUACCGAAUUUGGCUCAAAUUUUUCUGAUUGGAUUUUAUGAGGAACGGGAAUUUGCGUUAUAUGUCUCUUCUAUCUCUAAUGAGCUUAGAGUACCAGUAAGAUACUUGAAAGAGGACGGUAAACCACAUGGUUCGGCUGGUGGGCUUUAUUACUUCAGAGAUUUGAUCAUGGAGGACAACCCGUCCCACAUUUUUGUGCUGAAUUGCGAUGUCUGCUGCAAUUUUCCACUCCCAGAAAUGCUUGAUGCGCAUAAAAGGUACGGUGGGAUGGGCACAUUAUUAGUGAUAAAGGUUUCUGCUGAAUCAGCCAACCAGUUCGGAGAGUUGGUUGCUGACCCAAUCACCAAAGAACUGUUGCAUUACACGGAGAAGCCUGAGACUUUUGUGAGUGAUUUGAUAAACUGUGGUGUUUACAUCUUUACCCCGGAUAUCUUUCGUGCAAUUCAGGAUGUUUCCACUCAUCGGGAAGACAGAGCAAAUUUUCACCAUGUAUCUAGUACUGCAGCUCUUCAGUCUUCAACAAGGACCACCAUUCCUUCAGAUUUUGUACGCUUGGAUCAAGAUAUCUUGUCUCCUCUUGCUGGAAAGAAGCAGUUUUAUACAUAUGAGACCAUGAACUUUUGGGAACAGAUAAAGACACCAGGGAUGUCUUUAAAAUGCUCUGCUCUGUACUUAGCUCAAUUUCGGUCCAUCUCCCCCCAUCUUUUGGCUAAUGGAGAUGGAAAUAAGAGCGCUAAGAUUAUUGGUGAUGUUUAUGUUCAUCCAUCAGCAAAAGUGCAUCCAACUGCAAAGAUUGGCCCCAAUGUCUCUAUCUCAGCAAAUGUUCGUGUAGGUGCAGGUGCGAGGCUUAUAAGUUCCAUUGUCUUAGAUGAUGUCGAAAUUAAGGAGAAUGCUGUUGUGUUACAUUCCAUUGUUGGAUGGAAAUCAUCUCUGGGAAAAUGGGCGCGUGUUCAGGCAGACGGAGAUUACAACUCAAAACUCGGGGUUACAAUCCUUGGUGAAGCUGUAACCGUGGAGGAUGAAGUCGUCGUGACCAAUAGCAUUAUCCUUCCAAAUAAGACCCUUAAUGUUAGUGUACAAGACGAGAUCAUCCUCUGACUUGACAGAUUUGACUAGACCUCUUUGCUGAGUUCUUUUUUCUUUUCCGGGAAAAAAAAAUAUUAGUCAUUAUACAUUAGGAAGGCUUGUGACUUGAAAUUGGGUUCCAAUUCACUGCAAACCCUUGUUAGAAAGUGAAAACAUAGAACAAAUGAGAAACAGACUUUCUGCCGUGAGAUAUUGUUUUGUACACAGAUGAGUCAAAAGUUUUUGAGCUAGGAAUUCUGCUUGGCUUGGUCUUGUUUGAGUUGUGCUACCUCCAAUAUUUUGUACACCCUGAUUUCUUUCAAAUAAGAAAGAAAAGUCAUGUUGUUUCAAAUAAGAAACAAAA